AUGUCCUCUUCGGCACCCCAGUCCGUCUCUUCGGCGGCAGAGCCACGAGAUCCCGUUUCCAACCUCACCGAUGCUGCCAAGGAUGUCGACUUGAACGCACAGCCUGCCCAACAAAAGGCUGAAAAGCAACAAAAGCAGCAACAGAAACAAAAGCAACAACAGCAACAAAAGCAGCAACAGCAACAAAAGGGUGAAAAGAAGCCAAAAGCAAAGAAGGAUGCUGUUGCUGAUGGUGCUUCCAGGGCUCCUCUCGAGUUCACUCCCAAGCCCGCCUACUUCGAUCACCGUAUCGCUAUGUUCGAAAAGCUCAAGGCAGAACAGGAUGCCGAGUUUGCUGCCAAGCCUCGUCAGCCUAUCACCGUCACCAUGCCUGAUGGUUCUACCCGUCAGGGCACUUCGUUUGAGACUUCGCCCAUGAAUAUUGCAAAGGAGAUUUCCAAGUCGCUUUCCGAGCGUAUCGUCAUAUCCAAGGUCGACGACACGCUUUGGGACUUGGAACGUCCUUUGGAAGGUGACUGCAAGCUUGAGCUGUUCGAUUUCGAGUCUCCCGAAGGUAAGCGUGUCUUCUGGCAUUCUUCUGCCCACGUUUUGGGAGAAGCUUGUGAAAAGCACUACGGUUGUCAUCUCUGCAUCGGUCCUCCCACUGAGGAAGGCUUCUUCUACGAAAUGGCUAUGGGUGACUCGGGUGACCGUAUGAUCACUCAGACUGACUUCAACGCUCUCGAGACUCUUAUCAAGACUGCCACCAAAGAGAAGCAAAAGUUUGAGCGUCUCGUUGUCUCCAAAGAGCAGCUUUUGGAGAUGUUCAACUACAACAAGUACAAGGAGCACAUCAUCCAGUCCAAGAUCCCCGACGGUACCUCCACCACCGUCUACCGUUGCGGUCCUAUGAUCGAUCUUUGUGUUGGUCCCCACAUCCCUCACACGGGUCGGAUUAAGGCGAUGACGGUGCUCAAAAACUCGGCGUCGUACUUUUUGGGUGAUCAGAACAACGAUUCCCUCCAGCGACUCUACGGUAUCUCGUUCCCCGAUACCAAGCAGAUGAGCGAGUAUAAGCAGUUCUUGCUCGAAGCCGCCAAGCGCGACCACCGUAAGAUCGGAAAGGAACAGGAAUUGUUCAUGUUCCACGAGCUCUCGCCCGGUUCUUGCUUCUGGCUUCCUCACGGAGCACGUAUCUACAACACCCUUCAGAACUACAUUAAAGACGAAUACCGCGGUCGAGGCUUCGACGAAGUGAUCACUCCCAACAUGUACAAUUCCAAACUCUGGCAGACUUCGGGUCACUGGCAGAACUACAAAGACGACAUGUUCGCCCUUAACGUCGACAAGGAACAAUUCGCACUCAAACCUAUGAACUGCCCAGGACACUGUCUUAUGUUUGCUUCCCGCGAUCGAUCGUACAAGGAGCUACCCUUGCGGCUUGCUGAUUUCGGAGUGAUUCAUAGGAAUGAAGCUUCGGGUGCACUUAGCGGUCUUACUCGUGUUAGGAGGUUUUGUCAAGACGACGCGCAUAUUUUCUGUAUGUCGAGUCAGAUCGAACAGGAGAUGGCUGGUUGCUUUGACUUCUUGCAGAAAGUUUACGGACUGUUUGGGUUCACGUUCAAGUUGGAGCUUAGCACUAGGCCGGGAAAGUUCUUGGGUGAUGUAGAGACUUGGAAUACGGCUGAAGCACGUUUGGCUGCUGCGCUGGACAAGUUCGUUCCUGGAAAGUGGGAGUUGAAUCCAGGAGAUGGUGCGUUUUACGGUCCUAAGAUCGAUAUUACCAUUAGCGAUGCUAUGCGAAGACACCACCAGUGCGCUACGAUCCAGUUGGACUUCCAGUUGCCUCAGCAGUUCAAGUUGGAAUACCGCACUGCCGUUUCACAGGGUGGAGAGACGCAAGCGGAGCGACCGGUUAUGAUUCACCGUGCCAUCGUCGGUUCGCUCGAACGUUUCAUUGCUAUUCUGACCGAGCACUUUGCUGGCAAAUGGCCGUUCUGGCUCAGCCCGCGUCAAGUUCUGGUGGUUCCUGUCACCAACACGGUGUUCGACUAUGCCAAGAAGGUACAGCAGAGAUUGUGGAACGAAGGAUUCUACGCUGAUGUAGACCUUACCGAUAACACUCUCCCCAAGAAGGUUAGAAACGGUGAAAUUGCUCAGUAUAACUUUGUGUUCGUGGUCGGUCACGAGGAGAUGGAGACCAAGAGUGUCAACAUCAGGAACAGGGACGACGUCAACAUGAAGGGUAAAGCCGAGACGAUUGAUUUGGAGAAGACGAUACAAUUGUUGAAGAGUUUGAAGGGGGAGAGGAGACUUGAGAACAAGUUGGUCUGA